AUGGGUGAUGAUCAUGAUCAUCUUGGUACAACAACAACAACAACAGCCAUGAAGUCAUUUUCUUGUUUGUUCUGUUCAAGAAAGUUUCUGAGUUCACAAGCUUUGGGAGGCCAUCAAAAUGCUCACAAGAAAGAAAGAACAGCAGCAAGAAAGGCAAAGAGGGCAUCUAAUUACAGUUACAACGCUGCUUCAUUGCUCCCACAACCUCCAUUGCUGUUUGCAGCUCCACCUUCUUUAAAUGGGAUUCUUGAUCCAUCAUCUCUUUGCUUUAAUCCAUCUCAUGAACCCAAUCUUUGCCAAUUCCCAUUUGAUCAACAGUAUUUCUACAAAGUCAACGAUAUGAAUCCUUGUAAUCAUCAAGAAGAUGAUCAAGAUCAACAUAUGAGUUUCUUGAACCAGCAGAAUUUGAGGUUGUUUAUGUAUGAAAAGAAUCAGGAGAGCAAUUCAUGUGUUAGAGAUAAAGAUCAUCCACAAAAGCUUGACCUUUCACUCCAUUUAUGA